AUGUCAUAAAUAGGACAUGACAUUAUUAUUGGAUGCUUAGAUGAAAAUUUGAUAUUAAUCAUAACCAGCGUAAUCCUCUUCUUUUUAACAUUAAGUAUUGUAUUAACAAUAUAUUCAUAGUCAUCUAUCUGAAUUUGAUUAAAUAUAACAACUAUUUUUACAUUUCCUAAGUUAUAUAGUGUUGUUUCAUUAUUUAUAGAGCCUAUUUUUACGGUUCUGCUUAACUUUGGUCUUCAUUUUAAUUACUUAAUGCUAAUUUCAAGAAAAAUUAACCAAAAUCAAUUCUUUGCUACUUUUUAACUCUUUUAUUAUUUAUACUUGUUUAUAGUUUACAAUAUUAAGCAGCUUUAGAAUUAAAUAUGGGUAGUGAAAUAUUUUAAUGCUUUUGUUAUAUGAUUUAUUUCAUCUAUUAAAACUAGAAACCAAAUGAAAAUUUAAGUCUAAUGGAUGAGAUUUUGUUGAAUGAAAUUAAAAAAAAUUGCUUUAUAUAAAUUUUUGCAAAAAAUAAAAAAUUAGCAUUUACUCAUCCAUAAACAGAUGAAACUAAAAAGUUUGAAUAUAUUUAAAAUAAUUAACAAUAUAUUUGUUAAUUCAAAGUUUAUAUGAAUUAAGAAUUAAGUAAUUCCCCUUCAAAUUAGAAUAUGUUGAAUAGAACAAAGAAAUUUCAUACUACUGAAGAUUUCAUAUCAUAUUUGGAAAUAUCUGAUUAAAUUGAUUCUGUAGGAAUGAAUUGGUAUAUAGCUACACUAAUAGAUUAGCAAACAAAAAUAAAAACAAAAUACCGUGUUACUCAAUCAAAAUAUAACAUUGAAUCAGUAGUGUUAUUUUUUAUAAGAAUAGAUCCUACUAUAUAUAGGAAAUCAUGUGAAAAAUUUUUACAUUUGAAGAAAGAUAUAUCAAAUAUUUUUACUCAUAAAUUAAAGACCCCUUUAAAUGCAAUCUUAGGACAUUUAGCAUAAGCUUAUUAUGAUUAUGAAGUAGAUUCUCAUAUUCAAAAUCAUUACAUCAAACCUGCUUAUAUAAAUUCAAAAUUAUUAUUAUUUUAAAUUCAAGACUUGCUUGAAUAUUUGAAUUCUGAUUAAGACAGUUACAGUUUAUAGAUAUGCAAAAUUAAUUUAAAAACUUUAUUGUAGUCAUUGUAAGAGUUAAUUCAUUAGUAAUGUUCAAUGAAAAAUAUUCAUUUACUCUUUACUAUAAAUGAAAUGAGGUAUAUUAAAUUAGAUAAGUAAAUUAUAUACUAAUUAAUUUAGUAUCUACAUAUAUUCAGAUGUUCUAAAACUUGAAAGAAUACUUUUCAAUUUACUAAAUUUAUCAUAUAGAAAUACAACUCAAAAUGGGAUAAUUUCUCUAAAUAUAAAUAUUGAUAAAGAUAAUGAAGAAGCUUUAUUUGCAAUAUAGGAUAGUGGACUGGAAUUAUCUUAAAAAGAGAUAGAGGAAAUAAACUAAUGGAUAGUUUGUGAUAAUAUUUUUAAACUAUCUAAAAAGAAAUCUCAUCAUUAAUAAGAAAUGUUUACAACUUUAUCAUUAACUAGUAAAUUAGUAAAAUCUUUGAAUUAAUUCAACAUUUAAUGUUUGUAAUUAUGUUUAACUUAGAAUAUUGGUAUUUUAUAUAAGUUUAAAAUUAAUAUAAAUAAGGAUAAAUCAGCUGAAAACUCUAUGGAAUAAUACACAAUUGGAUUUAUUUUGAAAUAAAGAAGUUCUAAAUAAAUUAAUACUCAUCAUUUUAUUUCUUAAAAAUCCAUCUUUUCUGGAUUAGAAUAAAGUGUACCAAUUUUAAAUGAUUUAAUAGAUGAACCAUUUGCUAAUAUACCAUUAGUUGUGUAAAUGAGAAUGCCAUCAAAUAGGAAUUGGAUUCAAAAAAAAAAAUAAGAUCAACUAUAAUUAUAGUUUUUAACAAUAAAUGAUCAAAUUACAAAAUCAAUAUUGAUUGUUGAUGAUGAACCAUUCAAUCAUGAUACAUUAAUUUUGAUGUUAAAAUCUAUGGGUUUUAGAAGUUUUCUAAAGGCUUUUGAUGGUUAAUAAGCAAUUAAUAUAGCUCUAGCAAAGUAAAAUGAAAUUUAGGUUGUAUUUAUGGAUCUUGAUAUGCCUAUUAUGGGUGGUAUAGCUGCAACAAAAUAUUUAGUUGAAGAGAUGAUUAAACUAAAUUUGGCAUAUUUUCCUAUUAUUGGUUGCACUGCACAUGGAGAUGCAGAAUCUAUAGAAUAAUGUUUAUAAGCUGGUAUGCUUCAUGUGGUUGUUAAACCUGUGUUUAUUAAAACUUUAAGAGAAACUUUUAAUUUAAUUUUAGAUGAUCCUUAAAAGAAAUCUUACAAUCGUGUUGGAUCCUUGUAAUUUUGA